CGCCUAUACUCUUUAAGAUCGUUUGCUGCGUGGACGGACGAACUAACACCAACCUCAACAUGAAUUGUUACUAUAAAAUCGGACAAAAAGGGCUCCACUCAUCACAUCUUCACUCUACGAGUCGCCAUUUUUAAGAGCUUAGGAGCAUAACAGAGAAAAUAAACGGUGAAAAAUGCCGGCUGUGUCCGAAACUCCUUGCCAUGUCUUUCUUGUUACGUUUCCUGGCCAGGGUCACAUGAACCCCACCAUCCGCCUCGGUAAAAAGCUCGCUUCCAAAGGUCUUUACAUCACCAUCUCCACCACCAGCGAAUUCGGCCUCAGUCUCAAAAACGCUGGCAGCAUCGGCGACCAGCCUUCCCCUGUCGGCUCUGGUUUCAUCGACUUCGAGUUUUGGGACGACGGCUGGGAACUCGACGACCCCAGACGUCGGGAUUUGGACCUUUACAUGCCGCAGCUUCAGAUCACCGGAAAGCCGGCGUUGACUCAGAUGCUUAAAAGCCGCGCUGGUGAGAAUCGGCCGGUUUCUUGUCUCAUUGGAAACCCCUUUGUUCCUUGGGUUUGUGAUGUGGCUAACGAUAUCGGAAUCCCCUGUUCUGUUCUCUGGGUUCAAUCUUGCUCAGUUUUCUCGAUUUAUUAUCAUUACUCUCGUAAAUCUGUGGAUUUCCCUUCUGAAUCCGAUCCUUAUUGUGAUGUUCAGUUGCCAUCGCUUCCAUUACUGAAGUACGACGAAAUCCCAAGCUUUUUGCACCCUCAUGGGCAGUAUAAGGUGAUUGGACGGUCGAUUUUGCAGCAGUUUCGUAACGUGUCAAUACCAUUUUGUAUUUUAAUGGAUACGUUUGAGGAACUUGAGAGAGAUAUUAUUAAGCAUAUGUCGACGAUUUGUCCUAUUAAGCCGAUUGGUCCUCUGUUCAAGACGCUGAAAUUUUCCGACGAUAACAAAAAGGCGGAUCUCUCCGGCGAUUUCUUGAAAGCGGAUGAUUGCUUCGAGUGGCUUGAUUCGAAAGCACCGAAUUCGGUGAUUUAUAUUUCUUUUGGAAGCAUCGUUCAUUUGAGUCAGAAACAAAUCGAGGAAAUGGCUCACGCACUCGUUAAUUCUGGGUUUUCGUUCUUGUGGGUGAUGAAGCCUUUAUCUAAAGACAUGGCGGAUUGUUUAGGAUUGAAACAGCAUGUUCUUCCUGAUGGGUUUUUAGAGAAAGCAGGGGAAAGAGGUAAGAUUGUGAAAUGGAGUCCACAACAGAAGGUUCUUUCUCACCCUUCCAUUGCUUGUUUUGUUACUCACUGUGGAUGGAACUCAUCAGUGGAGGCUCUGAGCUCCGGCGUGCCGUUGCUUGUGCUGCCGCAGUGGGGGGAUCAAGUCACCAACGCCAAGUUUUUGGUGGAGGAAUACGGUGUUGGGAUCCGGCUUGGCCGCGGUGAGUCGGAAAAGAGAUUGGUGGAGAGGGAUGAGUUUGAGCAACAUCUGAGGGACGCCAUUGUUGGAGUGAAGGCAAAGGAGCUUAGAGAAAAUGCUUUGAAAUGGAAAAUUGCGGCGGAGAAAGCGGCAGCAGACGGCGGCCCAUCGGAGUCUAACAUACAAGAGCUUGUGGAGGAGAUCAGGAAGAAGUGGUCAACUCAGAUGAGUGAUAUCCAUAAUUUAGUGGUAAAUAAUGUGGAUGGGGCUUGAAAUAUUUUACCGUGAACGGUAAUUUUUACAAUGGUAAACGUUAGCAUUGAUAUCUACUCCUAAUUAUGAUGGAUGGUAACUUUACAAGUUCGUGUGGGUAAUAUUAUUUCUUCUUCUUCUUUUGUUUUUGGAAAUAUCAAAAUUAUUAUUUCUAUUUA